GACUUUAUCGAUUUUAAAAACAAAGGACACUGAAGAUAUGUUACUUUUACGCUAAUAAUAUAAAAAUCACAAUGUUUUUCAUUAAUGACUGGCUGUAUGAUAAGGAAAAUUAUCAGUGACAGUCGAAAUUUAAAUAUUAGCAAUGUGUCAAAACUUUUAUGUCCAUCAAUGAAACAAUUCAAUUUUUAUAAGAAUUUGUAAAUUGUAAAUUUUGUGAGAUUUUUUGCGAAGUGAAGAUUAGUGAGGAACUGGCUUAAUUUGAGCAAAUAUUUAAAUGUAUAAUUGCUACAAGUAAACUGACAGGAGCUUCCGUUUUUAGCAGCCGUUAGAUAGCACGCUUCCCACAAUGUCACGCCGAGAGAGUAUUAUAGAAGUCAGAGAUUAUAUCGACACAAAAAAUUCAUCGGGCGAUUCUAAAGGUGUAAAAACUAAAAUACAGGAAGAGAACAAUAACGAAAUAGAUGAACUGUCGAAAGAAUUCACGGAAAUGGGAUGCAUAGUCGACGCCGUGAAACGACCUCCGAACGUUUGCGUUGAGACUUGUGUUUACGAAUCAAAAGAUGAUGAGAAAACCGAAAGAUAUUACACGGAUGACGAAGACGCUUAUUCAGAUGAGUUCGAAGAUGAUAAGAGUGAAGAGGAAGUGUCUAUUGAAACAGUAGAGAGAGUGACUAAAAGCGAAACGACCCGUGGACCCAGUCAGACAUGUGUGAACUUGACAAAAAGCCAGUCUUUAAUGUCCACUAAUAAACCCAAUUCGAUUUCUGGAAGAUCUACUAACUAUGGCUCUAUUUCAGUGCCUCAAACGCGGCGUAUUAACAUGUCUUUCUCUAACGAGAGACUACGAGAGAUUGAGAGGCACAAUCACAUUUUGCUAACUAAAAUACUAAGCGCUAGGAAUUCGAAGAAGUCUUCAGUUCCAGCAAGAGAUCCGCCGACAAGGAGGCCGAUUCCUCCUGCUGCGGUUUUAAGGAAAAACCAACAAAGAAAGAUCGAUCAUGACAACCUGUAAUCCGUGGAGACCACAACGACUGUGAAUCGUUGGUACUUCCAACUAUAGGAAACGUCGGAAAUAAAACGAUAACAGUGAAAAACGCGAGAUCAAACCGUAACAGUAGUUUUUAUUAUAUCUAGGACUUUUGAAUGCCGAAAAAAAUAAAUAAAAUAAGACAGAAAUUAAGAUAAU